ACACAACUAUUAUCAAAAUUGAAGAAAAAGGAGCCUUUGUCCAAAUCGGAUGAAUCACCUUCCCUGGGAUUCGGUGCCCUUUGGCUUUGAGGGGUGCGAGCAAGAGAGCAGGCAGAGAGAGACUUGGGCUAGCCCUGAGCUGUGCCUGGGCACGAGCUCUGCACCGGACCUCCUGUGGGGAGCCUGAGACUCCGCCCUUACUUGAACCCCACAUAGUGGUGAGUCGGUUAUCAGCCCUUGCCCCCUGGAGGUGCCGCUGCAAGGCUUCCUCACUAGAUGAGAGGUGGGAGCGCAUGGAGACUCUAAGGAUGGGCGGUUCCCACACUGCGAUGCCUACUUAGCUUCAGUCCAACGUAAGACCCUCCAACGGCCCAUGCAGCUCUUCCUGGGUUUUGCCCACCACCCAAGGAUCAUGGCCCGUGUCUCCUUUGCAGGGAUGGAGUCUGCUGGUAUCCAUGAAACCACCUACAACAGUAUCAUGAAGUGUGACAUUGACAUCAGGAAGGACCUCUAUGCUAACAACGUCCUCUCGGGGGGUACCACCAUGUACCCCGGCAUUGCUGACCGCAUGCAGAAGGAGAUCACUGCGCUGGCGCCCAGCACCAUGAAGAUCAAGAUCAUUGCCCCUCCGGAGCGCAAGUACUCCGUCUGGAUCGGGGGCUCCAUCCUGGCCUCUCUGUCCACCUUCCAGCAGAUGUGGAUCAGCAAACAGGAAUAUGACGAGGCCGGGCCGUCCAUUGUCCACCGCAAAUGCUUCUAAAACACGUCCUUGCUCUCUGUCUCUGGCACACAACUGUGAACGUUAUGUGGAGUAAUGCCUUCAAUUCUUUUCCAAAUCAUUCCUAGCCAAAGCUCUGACUUGUUACCUAUGUGUUUUUUAAUAAAUCUGAAAUAUGUUACUGGUAA